CAGUGCGGUGAGGGGGUACUGGGGAUGCUCAUAUGUGUACAUGUCUGCCCUCCCCUACUGUAUGUGCUACUACAUAAAAGGAGGAUCUUGAGAGUAAGACAGCAUCCUGUCACAAGCAGUUGGCAGAGGAGUAACAACCUCAACAAGAAGACAAUAUCUUUGCAGACAAGAAACCAAAACAAGACCUCUUCUAGAAUGUCAAGCUCUUUGGUUGUGUGCGAGGUGGAUGAGAGUCUGAAAGAAAAACUGAAGAAGUUCAGAUUUCGAAAAGAGACCAACAAUGCAGCCAUCUUGAUGAAAAUUGACAUGGCAAAACAGCUUGUGAUCCUGGAGGAAGAGUAUGAGGACAUCUCCCUGGAUGACCUGAGGAAUGAACUUCCCGAACGGCAGCCAAGAUUCAUUGUUUACAGCUACAAAUACAUCCAUACAGAUGGCAGGGUGUCCUACCCGCUGUGUUUCAUAUUCUCAAGUCCAGUGGGGUGCAAGCCCGAGCAGCAAAUGAUGUACGCAGGAAGCAAGAACCAACUAGUCUCCGCAGCAGAGCUCACAAAGGUUUUUGAGACGCGAAACAUAGAUGACUUGUCUGAAGAGUGGCUGAUAAACAAACUGUCUUUCUUUCGCUGAACAGUGUUCAUGGUGGCAAAAGUGCAACAUGAACUUCAUUACCAGUUUGCAAUAAAUUGCUUUUAUUAUCA